GGGACCUUCGCCGAGGUCCAUUCUCUCUCUUUCUCUCUCUCUCUGCUCUUCGCCAUGUGAAGCCUGAAACCCAGCUCUUACCUCUCUGACUCUCUUGUCUCCAAUUUCUCCAUUACUCUAUUCAACCCCUAUUCAUUUCAUCUCACCCAUUUUAGAUCCAAAGACUCAAGCUUUCCUUUCAGAUUUGUAGCUUUCUGGUGCUAGCUAAAACGAAACACCAACCAACCCCAACACAAACUCAAAUCUUUCCUUCCAUUUCACUUCACAAAUUAAACCCACCUAGAACCGAAAGCCAUCCCGCAACCACUAAAGACCCUUCAAAUCUGUGCUUUCUGGGGGUGUUAAAUGCGAUGUUGGAGCAGAAGCGAGCCCCGAAGAGCCGGGGCUUCUAUGUAAGAAUGAAGCUCCAGAACAUCAAACACGGCCGGCCUCAGGACAACAAAAGCUCAUUCUACACAUAUUGCAAAUGGGUCCUAUGGCUCUCCCUAACCCUAUACUUCUUCAGCUCCUACCUCAUUAGCAAUCACCCAAAUCAGAACAAGCAGACCACCUCUCUCUCCGCAACCCAUUUCUCCACCUUACCCUCCCGUGCCCUUUUCGAAUCCGCCAUUGAAAACACCACCAGCCUCCUCAAACACGAAGAACUGUUCAAAGGCUUGAAGGUAUUCGUGUACGACUUGCCGGCCAAAUACAACACGGACUGGCUCUCCAACGACCGGUGCCGAACCCACUUGUUCGCCGCCGAGGUGGCAGUUCACCGCGCGCUGUUGACCAGCGACUUUUUUACCGUUGACCCGUCCCAAGCCGACUUCUUUUUCGUUCCGGUCUACGUGUCCUGUAACUUCAGCACCGUCAAUGGCUUCCCAGCCAUUGGCCACGCUCGAACCCUCAUAGCCUCCGCCAUCCGGCUCAUCAGGACCCGGUACCCGUUUUGGGACCGGACACAAGGCUCCGACCACGUCUUUGUCGCCUCCCACGAUUUCGGCUCUUGUUUUCACACAAUGGAGAAUGUAGCCAUCGCAGAUGGAGUGCCGGAAUUUCUGAAGGAAUCGAUAGUUUUGCAGACAUUCGGGGUGAAGCACAAGCACCCGUGUCAAGAGGUUGAGAAUGUGGUUAUUCCACCGUACAUUUCGCCGGAAAGUAUACGGAAAACGCUGGAGAUAGCUCCGGCGGACGGCCGGCGGGACAUUUUCGCGUUCUUCCGGGGAAAAAUGGAGGUCCACCCGAAAAAUGUCAGCGGAAGAUAUUACAGCAAGAAGGUGAGGACGAAUAUAUGGCGGAAGUACAACGGCGACCGGAAAUUCUACCUCCAACGGCGCCGUUUCGCGGGUUAUCAGUCGGAGAUCGUACGGUCGGUAUUCUGCUUGUGCCCGCUUGGGUGGGCCCCGUGGAGUCCGAGGCUGGUCGAGUCGGUUGCGCUGGGAUGUGUCCCCGUGAUAAUAGCGGACGGGAUAAGGCUGCCCUUCGACGACGCCGUUCCGUGGGCGGAGAUUUCGCUGACCGUGGCGGAGAGAGACGUGGGCAAACUGGGAAAUAUACUCGAACACGUGGCCGCGACGAACCUGAGCGCCAUACAAAAGAACAUACGGGACCCGACCGUGAGGCGGGCCCUGCUCUUCCACGAUCGUAUCCAACCAGGCGACGCCACGUGGCAGGUGCUGUCCGCCCUGGAGAACAAGCUCGGGAGGUCCCACAGGCGCAAUGGUGUGUCCAGCGAGUAAGGUGGGGCCACGUAGGAUUUUGGGACUUGGGAAAACUUUUGUGGGAGGAGAGAGAAGGUGGGAAUGGGGUCCGCCGGCCAAUGAGGUUCGGACUUCGGAUCGGAGGGGUCUGGCUUUCUUGGUUUUGCAUGUGUAUAUAUGAGGUGGAAGACAGCUAGGGUUUCGCAUUACAUUUGUGAGGGUGGGGCCCGCCGGUGAGCGAUGAUUGACGUGGCUGGCUGUGAUUGCCUGGCACUGCGCUCGGGCAGUAAAUACAAAUAAAUACGAUCUGUACAAUUCUUAAAGGGCUAUACUGUAAAAAAAAAUAGACGAGUCCAUUUUUUCACUGAUUCAUAAAAUUUGAUGUCCAUGUGUGAUUACUGAAGAGGUAUAUGUAAAUCAUAAAUCAUAAAAUAACACAUUUCCUAUCCCGUCUAGGAA